CAGAAGCGCCACCGCCAACUUCAGGUCUCGACACCCCGGGGCAAGAAGGCACGACGGAGGUCGAAGCGUCCAAAUCAAGUGCCUCAAUGUCGUUUCGGGCUGGCUCUGGGGGGGCAACGGGAGCGGCAUCCAGGCUCGGGAUUGUAUGGAGGAGAGCCCGGACGAAAUCUUUUCCUACACUGGGGGUGGAGUUGGCCCCAUUCGUUGGGUGGCACUUCCCGAGAAGUGCCUCAACGUGCAGAUGGGUGCGGACCACUGGGGCGCACGGAUCCAGAUCUGGGAUAGUUCGGAUAGCGACCUUGCAUUCCAGUUUGCGGUUCCGGAGGAGCGCCCAUUCGUUGGGCUGGCGGCGGUUUCGACAAGUGUCUCAAUGUUGACGGCACUGGAAAGCUCCAGCUUCAUGGGUGCUGGGAGGACAUGGCCUUCAUUCUUGAAAUGAAGUCGCAAUGCAACGUGGUGAGGCCCACCGAGCCGUCGUCUGGAUCCCUCGGCCCAGUCAUUCCAGUCGGCCACAGCCACGCGCCCAAGCCGACUGGGCCUUCGCCGAACGCGUGAAAACCAACGCCAGCACAUGCUGAAGUCCAUGUGACGUUGGGCCUGACCACUGUGUCGAACGCGGGCGAAUUGAACGUGGGCGACAUGGCGUGGAAGUUGGACAAGCGCAGAGAGGCGAGCGCGGAUGGCUUCGUGGUGGACGUGCGGUGGGGACUCAUAGAGCGCCAGCCCAAGGUGUACAAUUUCGACGCCUACAAGCAGCUCGUGCAGAUGGCAGGGCAGCGCGGCCUGGAGGUGCAGCUCGUGGCUUCCUUCCACCAGUGCGGCGGCAAUGUGGGCGACGACUGCUCCAUCCCCUCACCUGCCUCGGUCACGCAUCACGGUGACGUGGGGUUCAAGGACCAGCAUGGCAACCAGAACAAGGCAUGCAUAUCCACCUUGGCUGACGACGUGCCUCAGGAUGGCGGCCGCACGCCCCUGGACAUGUACGGUGAUUGGAUGGCCGCGCUUGCAAGAGCUUUCCAACACGAUCACGAAGAUCCAGGUGGGCAUGUGGCCCUGUGGCGACUUUCGGUGCCCGUCCUACCUCUUCAGCAACGGCUGGCAGUUCUGCGGCAUCGGUGAGUUCUAGUCAUGUGACAAGCAUGCGCUUGCAAACCUCAGCUUCCUUGGUCAGAGCAGGGGCUGGACUAUGCCUCCCUCCGAUGCGGAAACGUACAACUCCCCAGUCUGGAUACAGCAAAUUUUUCUUGGACUGUUAGUUACUUCGGCUCUCUGAAGACUCGCGGUGCGAACGCCUUGCGCAGAGCGGGUGCAGCUUUCCGAGGCAAGGUGGCCUUGACGGGGAAGGUGGCGGGAGUUCACUGGCGGUACGGCAGCGAAAGCCACGCAGCCGAGGUCAUGGCUGGAGGCUACAACACACAUCAGCGUGACGCGUGCAAGGAGAUCGCUGUCUUCGCCAGAACCGGCACGCAAGCCUCGACUUCACCUGCCUGGAGGUGCGUGACCACGAGCAGCCGUCGGAGUGCCAGAGCAAGCCCGAGGACCUCGUCGGCCAGGUCCAGAGGGCCCCCCAGUCCAGUGGCGUCCACUUCAACGGCGAGAGAAUGCGCUACCUCGCUACGAUUGGACCGCGUACGAGAAGAUCCUCGCCUGGAAGAGGAGCCUCCUGGCCUUCACGUAUUUGCGCCUCACACAUCAGUUAGUGAACGAAGGCUUCGACGCCUUCAAAGGCAUCGUUCACUGGAUGCACCAGGGGUAGUGACAGUGUGAGGCUGGCCGUGUUUGGAUCUCUUUCGGGUUUUGCAAUAACAGUGUGCUGUAUGCGCCGCGCUCCUGAUUUUGCUCGCGACGUCGCCCCUAGGAGACGGAAGGCAGGAGCAGCAUAAAGGACGUGCCCUUGCUCCUCCUCGGCCUCGAGACGAGCGGCACGGCAUCAGGUCUCACG